UAAAGCCCAAUUCAGAUCCAGCAUUGAAAUGAAUCGCUUCUCAUUCAGUCUGAUGUAGAUUUGCAUCCAUUCCUAUAUAACCAGCCAUCUGUGUAAUGUAGUCUACAUAUGAACAUGUCUAAUAAGAGUUUUCUUAAUGUAUUCAAGGCUCUUUAUUAUGAGGAACUCUUUCACAAUUUCUUAAAAGACGAUAUAGUUUUGGUUUAUUUAUUCGGUUCUAAAGUCAGGGAAGUAUAAGCAGGAAGGGUUGUUUGGUGCCACGACUCAGACCUGUGAACUACGGUUUCUUCUGUUCAGGAAGUGUUGAGUCUAUAAGACUGGCUGUGAGUUUGACAGUGUGUCAUUAAUAGACCAGUAUGGAGCUCAGGACACUUCCUCUAAUGCUCUUGCUGAUUUCAAACAUCCGCCCUGGACAAACUCAAGAGAGACUAAAGGCUGUAGUGAAGACAGAGCCCGGCAGAAAUGAAACCGUCACUGCCAGAUGUGAAAUACCAGGAGAUGCAGACGACUGGACAUACAGCUGGUUUAUAGACGGAUCAUCUCGGCCCUUCAGCACUGACAGAGAAUUCCGCCUCAUAUCUGAUGAAGACAUAUUUCAGAGACGCAGCAACGUCACCUGUAGAGGAGAGAGAAGAAGUGAUGGACAGAGGUCAGAGAUCAGUGACGCUGUUACACUGACAUUAUCAUUUCCAGCGAGACCUAAAGCUGUUCUGACUGUUCAGCCUGAACCAUCACUGAUACUCAGAGGAGAGACUGUCACUCUCACAUGUGAUAUACUGGGGGAAGGAUGGACAUAUAGAUGGAGGUGUGGAGAUACACGGCACAACUCUAAAGAGAAAGAGUUCAAGAUCACCACAGAGAUCACACUGAAGUGCCAGUGUUACGGCUGCGGAGCACCAGUCUGCUCUUACUGGAGUGAUGAAGUGACUCUGACUGUGUCGGAAGAUCGUGAAAUAGUUGGAGUCAAACCCAGAGUAACAGUGACGCCCCAGAGUUCAGUGUUCACUGGAGACACAGUUACUCUGAGAUGUGACGUGAGACUCUCAUCUGGACGGGGGAUUAUCUGGUACAAAGACUACCAGACAAUAAAAUCUGGUGUUGAUACAGUAACACUGAGCGACGUGAGAGUCUCUGAUGGAGGAGAUUACUGGUGUGUUGUACUAGGAGAAACACAAGGUCCAAAAGUCACGCUAACAGUAAGAGAGAGACCCAAAGCUGUAUUGCGUGUUCAGCCUGACGGACGAGUGUUCAGAGGACAGACGGUCACUCUCACAUGUGACAUACAGGAGACAGACGGCACUAGCUGGACCUACAGCUGGAAUAAAGAUCAUUCACAGAUUCAUGUCAGUCAAUCACAGGAAUACAGAAUCAGUUCAGUUGAUGAAUCUCACACAGGUCAUUACAGCUGUAGUGGAAGAGAGACGCGAGGAUCACGAUACACACACACCAGUGAUGAAGUUACACUGACGCUUUCAGUUCUCUCAGUUCUCAAACUGCUCAGUUUUCUGCUGGCAGCUUCUCCAUAUCUGCUCGUGACCAUCAUUAUAGGAGUCAAAUACUACAGAGCUCAUGCUCAGUCUGAUGAGAUUAAUCAGUUUGCUGUAACGGAGGAGUGAAAGUCUGCUGUCCUGAUGAAUGAAUCCCAUUCUGUGUUUCUCUUUUUCAACAUUAUUCAGUUAUAUUCAUAAUGUGUCUGAAUUUGACAUAGAUAAGGCUCAAAUGAACUCUGCUGAGCUACUGCAGCUUCAUUCUAUCAUAUCUCUCUUGUAUUUUUUCUUCUGUUUUUCAAUGUUCUGAAUGUUGAAGUAAAUUGUCAAAUGUUUAUUCUCAUUGUUUGCAGAAAUUAUUUUAUAAUUAAUAUAGCUGUCAUUUUUAUUUCAGAUUAAGUUUUUAUUUGUUUUACUAUGGCUUGAAUAUCUGCUCUUUUUUAAUAA